UUUGUGUUGUACUGUCGUGAUGCAACGUUUCACAAAAAAAGAUGUGGAUGGAAUGUUAGUUGCGAAAUGAACUUCAUAUUUCUUGCGAUGGCAGAAAACAGCAAAGUUUUGCUAGAAGAUGCCUUCCGUAAUAAACUCAUAAAUUUUAUUCCAUACAUUGAGCUCGAAGGUUUGACUAAAGCUGAUGUUGGCAAUUUUGGAAGUAUUUCCAUUGCAUAUUGGCCUAAAUUAAGGAAGAAUGUUGCUGUAAAAAGGCUAUUUGUUUCUGAGCAUGACACAGCUAGUCGAAAUUUUGUUCAUGAAUUACAAAUUCAAAAGCAUGUGGAAUAUCAUGACAAUAUAAUUCGAAUCUUGGGUGUUAGUCAAGAUCCAUCCAAUAAAGACCACCUACUUGUCCUUCAAUAUGCCAAAGAUGGAAAUUUAAAAGAUUAUCUUGCACGAAAUCACUUAACGCUCUCAUGGAAUGACAAGUAUAAAAUUGCUUGUGGAAUUGCUGACGGUCUUCAUUGUCUUCACGAUGAAAACAUUGUUCACCGCGAUCUUCAUUCGAAAAACAUUUUAAUAGAUCAUGGCGAGCCAAAAAUUGCUGAUUUUGGUAUUUCCAAAAGCCUUAACACUGGAACAGAUUUAGUCAACGGUGUUUUUGGAAUGAUACCAUACAUCGAACCUAAACGUCUUGAAAAUCCAAACUAUAGACAUGAGAAAGCAUCUGACAUAUAUAGUCUUGGGGUGGUGUUAUGGGAAAUAUCAAGUGGCCAACGUCCUUUCAGAAACUCUUCAUAUGACGCUGCAUUAGCAAUAUCUAUAAUUAACGGGUUACGAGAAACACCGAUUGCUGGGACACCACAGGAAUAUAUUUCACUUUAUCAGAAAUGCUGGUACAGUAAUCCACAGAUCCGGCCAUCUAUUGUUACUGUUUUUCAAUCUCUUCAAUCUCUUGGAGGAGUAAUUAAAAAAUCCAUGCAGGAAAUAGAAGAAUUAAAUCAUUCCGUACAGUAUGAUCUUGUAAUUCCUGACAGAAUCGACGUUUCAGCUGAAUAUGUUGACGAUAAAGUUCUCAUAAAUACUCAAUCUUCCCAAAUGUCGAAAAUGAUGCAGCCAACAUCCCAAAUGUAUACAAAGCCUCCAAUUGAAGUGAUACACACUUCUACUUUGAAAACAGAUACUUCAACAACAUCUGAAUUUCCAUGUAAUCAAGUUAUCAAUAACCAAAAUUUACAAAGCCCCAGUUUCGUAAAAAUUUCUAUCUCAUCAAGACCAUCACAUAACAACAUACUAAAACUUGUAGUUGUUGGUAAUGGCGCGGUUGGCAAAACGGCUCUUAUUGACACGUUUAGAAAUGAUUGUUUUCGUUUUCCAACAAAUUAUGUCCUCGCCUUCCAGACAUUUUAUGUAGAUGUUGAAAUUGACGGACAAUUUGUAGAUCUAACAUUACGGGACACACCUGGCCAAGUUAAUUAUGCUCGUCUUAGAGAAUUAUCAUACACAGAUGCUCACGUAUGUCUGAUUUUGUUUGCUAUUGAUUAUCCCGAUAGUUUGGAUAGUGUGGAAGGAUGGAUGGAUGAAUUGAAUGGAAAUUUUCAACAAAGUGAACUUCCACCAGUUCUUUUGAUUGGUACCAAAGCAGACCUGAGACAUGAUAUCAGUGCUAUUGAAGAAUUGAAAAAAAUUCAUCAAACUCUGGUAACUUAUGAAGAGGGGCUUAGAGUUGCAAAUCAGAUAAAUGCGGUUAAAUAUUUGGAGUGCUCAUCAAAGGCUUAUGAGGGUAUUAAUGAAGUGUUUGAGCAAGCUACCCGUGCUGCACUUGCAUUUUCGCGUAUUCAGAAAAAACGUAGGAGACGCGGGAAAUGUAUUAUUUUAUAAUAACAUCUACAGUAUAUACAUUGACCUGCUGGCAAAAAAACAAAAUAUGCUUUGCUAACAAAUAAACAUAUAUUUAUAUAACGUUACCAGGUUUUGAUAUUAAGCUGUCGGGUAAGUGAAAAAAGUCCAUAUACUUUGCUAACAACUUAAAAUUUUUUAAAUGUAUCGUAAAAUUAAUAUUACAGUACAUUGUAUACAAACCAUGUUAAGAUACUCGUUAUUGGUCUUGUAGGGACAUCGUACAAUAGUUAUAUAAUAUCAAUUGUAAUAUUAACUUAUUAACUGUAAAAUAUAUUGUAAAUUUAAUUGUAAAAAUACAUCUUUAACUUUAAUUAUAAAAUACAUUU